CCCGAACUGGAGCGAAGCGUUGUGGGUAAAACAACUUCCGUUCACGUUAGCUCGUAGAAAUGGCGACUUCGUUGGGAUCCAACACUUAUAACAGGCAAAAUUGGGAAGACUCAGAUUUUCCCAUCCUCUGUCAAACAUGCUUGGGUGAAAACCCUUACAUCCGGAUGACCAAAGAAAAAUUUGGCAAGGAGUGCAAGAUCUGUGCACGUCCCUUCACAGUGUUUCGCUGGUGUCCUGGCAGCAGGAUGCGCUUUAAGAAGACCGAAGUGUGUCAGACCUGCAGUAAAAUGAAGAAUGUCUGUCAGACCUGCCUCUUGGAUCUGGAAUAUGGUUUGCCCAUUCAGGUUCGAGACACAGGGCUGUCCGUUAAAGAUGAAGUACCAAGAUCAGACGUCAAUAAGGAGUUUUACACUCAGAAUAUGGAGAGAGAGAUAGCUAAUUCUGAUGGCACAAGACCUGUGGGGCUGCUGGGGAAGGCACCGAGCAGCAGUGAUAUGCUUCUGAAACUGGCUCGCACCACACCAUACUACAAGAGGAACAGACCACACAUCUGCUCAUUCUGGGUGAAGGGGGAAUGCAAGAGAGGGGAAGAGUGUCCAUACAGACACGAGAAGCCCACUGAUCCAGAUGACCCGUUGGCCGACCAGAACAUUAAGGACCGUUUCUAUGGCAUCAAUGAUCCUGUGGCUGAUAAACUUCUGAAGCGGGCCACUACCAUGCCCAGACUGGACCCACCCGAGGACAAGACCAUCACCACACUUUAUAUCGGGGGGCUGGGAGAAAACGUUACAGACUCUGAGCUCAGAAAUCACUUCUACCAGUUUGGAGAGAUUCGUACCAUCACCAUUGUUCAAAAGCAGCAGUGUGCUUUCAUCCAGUUUGCCACACGGCAGGCCGCAGAGACAGCAGCAGAGAAAUCCUUUAACAAACUCAUCGUCAAUGGACGGCGCCUUAAUGUAAAAUGGGGCAGGUCGCAGGCAGCUCGAGGGAAAGAGAGAGAGAAGGAUGGGGUGACAGAGAGUGGAAUUAGGCUGGAGCCAGUGCCAGGUCUCCCUGGAGCUCUGCCUCCACCCCCUAUGUCUGAUGACAAUGCACCAGCCAACUACUUUAACCUGGUUCCUACCAGCUCUCCUGCUGUUGUAAACCUGGGAUUGCCUCCUCCACCCGGGGUUGCCAUGCCGCCACCACCUGGUUUUGGUCCUCCUAUGUUCCAUGCCAUGGAUCCCAUGGCUCCGCCCAUGCCCCUUCCAAUGGCCAUGAGGCCCCCUGGACAGGUCCACUACCCAUCCCAGGAUCCUCAGCGAAUGGGUGCCCAUGCAAGUCGCCAUGGAGGCCCUUAAAAAGUCAUGCUGCUUAAAUACGAACAACUGAACCCGAAGUGAUGUUGACAUUGCCCUCAUUUUUUAAAUUGUUUGUGUCAAUCACUUGUUAGAAUGGUAAUUUAGUAAGAUGGAAUGUGAAUAUGUAAUGGAUAAGAAAACCAUUAUAGCAAGUUCCAGACACUAGGAAUAAUGCCAGCAUCUUAAAAUAUAAACCAUGAGAUUUUUUUUUAAUGUUGUUUAUGCUUUUGAUUGACAAGUUACUGCAAACUGUCUUCUUAAAAUUUUGAAAGAGCUUGCUGAUUUGGCACAGACUUUUGUGUAUUUUGUGUUUUAUAAUAUGAAACGUGGAUGUCUUGCAUUUCUAGAAUCUAGGUAAAAGGCAAGUAGGGUAUUGCUGCAGCCUGGAGAUCUCCAAACGGGAGCAGAAAUUUCAAAAGAGGGCAGGAAAACCCCAGAAGGGGCGGUGUUACUCUAGAUGGGGUUUGGGCCAACUCCAAAAAGGGUCGGCACUUCCACCCACUAAAAGGGUUAGGGUCAAAUUUGGGGGCUCUGUAUGUCUUUGCUGGCAGUUUGGAGGUUCUGCCCCUGUUUGGAGCUCAUCCUGAAGCUAUAUCCUUGGCCAGAUGACAGAAGAAUUGGUUGCAGUGACCAAUAUUAACCAAAUGGGGGCACUAUUGGCCAUUUCAGUAGUCUGAAGGCUUAAUUUUUGUUUUUCAUAUUUUUUUGUCCUAAACCUCUGAAAUAUUCCAGGCUUUGCUUUGAAUUCUUCACCAGUUUCCAUCUGAACAUCACUGUAAGGUUUAGCAUGUAUCUGUUUUUAUAAAUAUAAAGAACAACGUGUUCUCUUGAA